CGUUGUCCUUUGACUCCAUCCUACUGCAUUGAAAGUUUGCGUAGCAAACUUUCAUCCAGACGUUCCCCCAUUGGUAUUAUUGGAUAUUCUGUUGGUCUUGAGCAUCUUACCGAUGGUGGGUUGCACAUCCAUGUUCUUAUUAAGUUAGAUAAGAAGAUUGAUCUUCGGGAUGGUAGGUUCUUUGAUAUUGUAG